CCCAGCGCACUGUCGCCACCAAUGAAAGGCCGCAGUGGUCGUCACGUGACCUAGAUAUUGCGGAAGCCCACCAGUGUUUUCUACUUUGUACACAACAUUCCACGUGUUUUGCAUCUGCGCUUUUGAACCGUAUUUUAUUUACCACAAAAUGGCAAUGUCAGCGCUCGUCCACGUUUCCGUACCCUUCCUGCUUUGCAUUGCACUCGCAAACACUCACAUUUUCGACAAAGUUUUGGUGGAUGUCGCUUACGAUCACUACGCGGAAAAGAAAGUCGACAACCUUCCCGCUUUCCUGGCCAUGCCGUUUAACUGUCUGAUAAACUUGGGAUACAUAUUAUUAGGUGUCUACUGGAUCUCGCGACCGAUGUCAGACAAUAGAGACACCCGUGCGGCCGUCUACACCAAAGACGUGUUUGCGCUGAUGGCGGUCGCCUAUGGCCCGGUGCAGUGGGUCCGCUUAGCCACCUUGCGGCGCGCGCCCUCUGUUUUGGACCAGUGGUUCACUUUACCUAUUUUUGCGUGGGUGCUGGUGUGGUGUCGCGUCGUUGAGAAAGGCUGGUCGUCGCGUUACGCUUUGACGGUGGAGUCGUGCUCUGUCCUCAGCUAUGGACUGGCGCUCUUUCACGACCGAGGGUUCGAGGUGGCUCUGGGUUGUCACAUCGCCUUCGCCGCGUUCAGAGGCGUCCGAGCGCAGAAGAGCCUCGGGGACGCCGCGUCCAUGCGCUACCUCUGCUUGGCCCUGCUGUCCUGCGCUGGUUUCGUGCUUCUCAAGCUUCAGGAUCAUUCUCUUGCGGAGUACUGGGUGUUUCAAAAUCUCACCGGACAUUUCUGGUCCAAAGUUUGCGACAUCCUGCAGUUUCAUUACAGCUUUUGUUUUCUCACUCGCCUUAGUGAAAAUGCACACAAACGCUCUACCUAAAUGCACACACAUUUAUUCAGCUGAAUAGUAAGGCAACAGACGUAACAAGUACGAGCCUUAAUUUUGUCUUGUCAUCGGCAAUAGUAGCAUGUCACGUGUACAGUUUCUAAUGAUUCAUGUGAUCAAAGAUUUGUAAAACCACAAACUAAUUUUGUGAUCUUCUUUGUUCGGUUUAAUUUUAAAAACAGCGUCAGAAAAUAACCGUAAUUAAUUGAUUUUUAAGGAAACCAAAUAUGUAAUAUAUUUUGAUUUAAUAUCUGAGAAUACAGUAUUAUUAUAUGUAUAAAAAAGUUAAAAACAUUAUAGAAAGUAACCAUAACAAAUAAUGUGUUUGUAUUUACAAAUUCCCAAUUUUAUUUGCGUGUAGUUAAAGAUGUCGUGUCCUAAUUUUCAUUCUCAUGUUUGUCAGGUUGAAGAUGAAUACAAAAAGAAUGUAAAUGAACCACGUAAUUAUAGACCGCUUGGCAUUAUAUGCCUGAACUUGGUGCAUUAAAAUAAAACUUUAAGCAAAA